GCUUGGUCCCCGGAGAAGAAGCACUGGUGCUGCACCAAGCAGGGAAAGGGCUGCGAGGGCCACCACCCGCCUUCCGUCGAUGCCGGCUACGGCAUGGUCUGGAAGCACGUCCAGGUGAACGGCUACUGGACCUGGACAGCGGUGCACAGCCACGGCCACGCCAGCCUGCCCUAUGACUGCCACGCCGGCAUGCACAACUGGCGUACCGGCUGGUCCCCGGGCAAGAAGGGCUGGUGCUGCUCCAACCAACAGCUUGGAUGCGAAGGCGGAGCCGCCGCCGGAGGAGGUGUGGCAGGAGGCAGCGUCGUCGUGCACCACGUCGUCCACCACGGCGGUGGCUUUUACAGUGGACCACGCGCAUCCCCCGUCCGCUGCGGGCAGCGGCAUGAUGUGGAGCUGGAGCACCGCCGGAGGCGGAGGCGGACACUGGGUGCAAGUCAGCUCGCACGGGCACCUGCCCUUCAACUGCUUGGCUGGCGUCGCCAACUGGCAAGCGGGCUGGUCCCAUCCCAAGCAGGUCUGGUGCUGCAACCACUUCGGCAACUCCUGCGCCUGAGAGGGUGUCAAGGUUUCCUUGCACACCGCACCAUGUGCCAGCCUAGCCCGACUAUAGCUGGCUUCCUCCAGCAGGCGGAGGACAACCUAGCACUGCUGAGAGCCCGGGCGCAGUUUACGCCCCGGAAAGCUCGCGAAAAAGUGGCCGAGGAGAGCCCAGGAAGUGCUAGCGCUCGAAUGAGUCAAAGGUUACGAGCCACGGGGUCUACUCGCGCUUCACCCCGGCCGCAGGAGGAGCCAGCAGAGCUUGAGCUGCAUGCGGUGCAUGCGCGUACGUUGCGCGAUCUGGAUCGAAAGAUCAGAGGCUUCGACGCGCGGUUCAAGUCCAUGGAGAAGGCUGUGGCUUCUGCGGCGGAUUUAGCAGCAGCCUCCUCGAGGUGUGGCCGCGAUGGCAUCGAGGCUGCAACCGCGGCAACUGCAGCGGUGCGCGUGGAAGCGGAGGCAAAAUGCCGUGAGCUUGCCCAACGUAUUGAAAGCCUUGCCGUUCCUGGACGUUGGUGCAAGGACCUAGAAGUCAAGAUCGACACCAUGGUCCAGGCAUCUCUCGACCACGAUCUGCAUGUCUUGGAGAGGCGGCUCGUGGCCCAGUUCUCGAAGCGCCACUCCGAGGUUCUGGAGGCAGCUGAGCAGAUGACCUCUGAGCUGAAGGCGGAGGUGGGCCAGCAGCUGCAGGCUUUCAAGGAUGGCAGGAUCACGGCAGCCUGUGCUCCAACCCGCCCGGCGGAGGCCUUGGCCUUGGAAGGACGCCUCAGGAUCGCCGAGGCAGACCUGCAGCGCGCAUUGCGGGAUGUUGACGACUGGGAGCGGGCAACGAGGCCAACCCACCACGAGCAGCGCAUCGACAAGCUGGAGGCUGAUUUGGCGAAGCUGUUUCAACGACUUGGUUCAACAGCUGACAUGGGAGUUCAGGACCUCCCCGCGCGGCGCGGAGUUCCAGAAGCUCCGAGGUCAGAAGCGGAGCGUCACAAGGCUGCAGGAUCAGCGUUGCAUGUGCCCAUCACAGAGCGUACACUGCAGCCCUCGGAGCUGGCUUGCGACAGACUCGGAGAGCUCGCUACAAAGGGAAGCGGCACCGUGAAUGUCGAGCAGCCAGCGGCCGAACUUGAGGUGGCUUCCAAUUCUGGCACGCCUUCAGCGCCUCCCUCCCCCUCGAUGCCAAGUCGGCCGGUAACUGAGCAGCCUGGAACAGCAGCGAUCAGCGGGUACUGUACUUCUCAGUGGCGUUUAAUCCAACUUCAUCCUGCUCGUUGA